AUGGAAGAGACGAGCCUGAGAAAAAGGAAGGGGGAUGAGAAGUCGAUCCAGAGCAGCGAACCCAAGACCAUGAAUCUCCAAAAGGAGCUGGGCCUGUUCAGUGGCACCUGCAUCAUCGUGGGCACCAUCAUUGGCUCUGGGAUCUUCAUCUCCCCCAAGUCUGUGCUCAGCAACAUGGAAGCCGUGGGACCCUGUCUCAUCAUAUGGACCAUGUGUGGGGUUCUUGCGACACUGGGCGCUCUGUGCUUCGCGGAGCUUGGCACGAUGAUCACCAAGUCGGGGGGCGAGUACCCCUACCUGAUGGAGGCCUUUGGCCCCAUUCCGGCCUACCUCUUUUCCUGGAGCAGCCUGUUCGUCAUAAAGCCCUCAUCCUUUGCCAUCAUCUGUCUCAGCUUCUCCGAGUACGUUUGUGCACCCUUCUACCCGGGCUGCAACCCUCCCCAAGCUGUCAUUAAAUUCCUGGCUGCCGCUGCCAUCUUGCUCAUCUCCACGGUGAACGCGCUGAGUGUGCGGCUGGGGAGCUAUGUCCAGAACGUGUUCACGGCGACCAAGAUGGUGAUCGUGGUCAUCAUCAUCAUCAGUGGACUUGUCCUCCUGGCCCAAGGAAAUACGAAGAAUUUUGAAAACUCUUUUGAAGGCACAUCAUUGUCUAUGGGCUCCAUCAGUCUGGCAUUAUAUAAUGGACUCUGGGCGUAUGAUGGAUGGAAUCAGCUCAACUACAUCACAGAAGAACUUAGAAACCCUUCCAGAAACCUGCCCCUGGCCAUCAUCAUCGGGAUCUCACUGGUGACAGGCUGCUACAUCCUCAUGAACGUGUCCUACUUCACUGUGAUGACCGCCACGGAGCUCCUGCACUCCCAGGCUGUGGCCGUGACGUUUGGUGACCGUGUCCUCUACCCCGCCUCGUGGAUCGUUCCGCUCUUCGUGGCGUUUUCAACCAUCGGCGCUGCUAACGGGUCAUGCUUCACUGCGGGCAGACUUGUUUUUGUUGCAGGCCGGGAAGGCCACAUGCUAAAAGUGCUGUCUUACAUUAGUGUUAAGCGCCUCACUCCAGCUCCUGCCAUCAUCUUUCAUAGCAUGAUAACGAUCAUUUACAUCAUCCCUGGUGACAUAAACUCUUUAGUCAAUUACUUCAGUUUUGCUGCAUGGCUGUUUUAUGGUUUGACGAUCACUGGACUAAUUGUGAUGAGGUUUACAAGGAAAGAACUGAAAAGACCUAUCAAGGUGCCCAUUUUCGUCCCCAUCUUGGUGACUCUCUUAUCCGUGUUUUUGGUUCUGGCUCCAAUCGUCAGCAAACCUGCGUGGGAGUAUCUCUACUGUGUGUUGUUUAUGCUGAGCGGCCUUGUAUUUUAUUUCCUUUUUGUCCACUACAAGUUUAGAUGGGCUCAGAAAAUCUCAAAGCCUCUCACCAUGCACCUUCAGAUGCUGAUGGAAGUCGUGCCCCCAGAGGAAGCUCCAGAGUAA